AUGUGGAAGCUUAAGAUUGCGGAAGGAGGGAAUGAGCCUUACCUGUUCAGCAAAAACAACUUCUGCGGGAGGCAGACAUGGGAGUUCGAUCCCGACGCCGGCACCACCGAAGAGCGGGAAGAAGUCGAGGCCGCUCGCCGUCGUUUCUGGGACAACCGCCGGGGCCGUGUCAAAGCCAGCUCCGACCUCCCCUUGCAGUUCCAGUUUCUGAGGGAGAAAAAUUUUAAGCAAACGAUUCCAAGAGUGAAGGUGGGAGAGGGAGAGGAAGUAACCUACGAGGCUGCCACGGCUGCAUUGAGAAGAAGCAUUCGUUUCUUUGGAGCUCUUCAGGCCAGCGACGGCCACUGGUGCGCUGAAAACUGCGGCGUCAACUUCUACACCCCACCCAUGGUAUUUGCUCUGUAUAUUACAGGGCACCUCAACACGGUAAUAACAGCAGAACAUCGAAAAGAAAUUCUACGCUACACUUACUGUCACCAGAACGAGGAUGGCGGGUGGGGAUUACACAUAGAAGGCCAGAGCAUGAUGUUCUGUACGGUGCUCAACUACGUUCAAAUGCGGCUGCUCGGAGAAGGACCCGACGGAGGUGAAGAAAAUGCCUGCGAAAGAGCGAGGAAAUGGAUUCUCGAUCACGGCACUGCAACUGCGAUCAGCUCUUGGGGGAAGACUUGGCUAGCUAUACUUGGGGUGUAUGAGUGGGAUGGCUGCAACCCCAUGCCUCCAGAGUUCUGGGUCUUCCCAACUAUCUUCCCUAUGCAUCCAGGUAAUUCACUUCUGGUUUCUCAAUAA